GGGACCAUGUACAAAGACAACAAGCAGUUCGGCUUCCUCAUGCAGGACAAGACUCGUGAAGAAAUCUUUGUGCUGCCGCUGUCCUGCCCUUAUGGCGUGCUGCCCGAACCUGGGACAAGGGUCGAGUUCACCAUCUGCACCGACAAGAGAACUGGCAAGCCGCGUGCAGAAGACGUCGUGCUGGAGGGCCAAGGUCCACAGUCAAAGUCGGCACGGUGGCAACCGAAAGAUGAAAAAACGCACUGGCGAAGCCAGGACUUCUCAGACUUUUCUGUUACCGGGGAGAUUACCAAGAGGACCCCGAAAUACGGCUUCAUCAUGUCAGAAGAGUGUGACGAUCGGAUUCUCGUCAUACCCUCAAACU